AUGUUGGAGUCCGGUUUCAUCGAGCUUAAACUUGACUGCCCCAAAACCAAGAGCCUCGCCGUCGACGACGUCGUCCUCUCCGACGACUUCACCGCCGGCCGGGGGAGACGGCGCGCCGUCCUCGUCGUACGCAGGGCGGUGUGUUUCCGCGCGCACCGGGCCGUGCUCGCUGCCCGCUCGCCGGUCUUCAAAGCGCAGCUCCGCGGCUCGAUGGCAGAUGAUGCCAAGAUGCCAUGCAUAACGUUGCAUGAUAUCCAGCCGGCAACUUUUCGGAUUCUGUUAUGGUUCAUGUACACCGACGAAUUGCCCGGAGACGAAGAAGAGCUCAGAAGCUCGUCGACAAUGGAGUUGUGGCAGAACCUACUUGCUGCGGCAGGCAUGUACCGCCUGGAUAGAUUGAAGCUCAUGUGCGCGCAGAAGUUAUGGGAGCACGUAUCGACGGACACUGUUGCGACAAUAUUAUGUUGUGCUGAAAUGCAGAACUCCCCAGAGCUGAAGAACAGGUGCCUUGAUUUCUUUGUUGUGGAGAAAAACUUCAAGAAGGCAGUGCUAACUGAGGGAUACUUGCAGCUAUUGCAGAUUUCGCCAGCAAUUAUUAACGAGAUAAGAGCACAGGUGAUUGAUACAUAA